AAAUAAAGAUAAAUAAUAAAGAUUAUACGAAUUAGAGCAUGGAUGAUUCCAAGCUAUGGCUCAGUAAGCCUAAACCUGAGGAGGAGCCCGGUUGCCUGGCGACCAAUGGAAGUGUUGCUAGCUUCAGCUAGCUAGCUAACUAGCUAGGCUGUCUGCUAACACAUGGAAUAUGCCCCAAAAACAGCAUAUAAAUGCCACCAAAACGAAAAGGACGUUUGCAGCUUCUCCAGAGAGAAGUGGACGAAAUCACAAAACAGGUUGACAGUCUGGUGAAGGAUGUGCAGAGUCAGAAUGGAUCCACUGAAGAGGCAUUUCGGAGAUGUCAAGAACUGCAGAUGUUGGCAGAAAAGACACUAAGGACACUGAAGAAACUGACCAAGGCAGACGAGCUAGCUCCAGUGGGGAACUAUGAUCAGAGGAAGCAGGAAGAGGAGAGACAACUGCUGAAGAUCUUGGAGCGUGUAAACACACUCUCUCUGGAGAUAUCACCACCAGGACCCAGUACUGCUGCAGGAAAUGUUUCAAAGGAAGAAAGCAAGGAAGAGGACGACGAAGAUGAAGAUGACGACAACGACAACGACGACGAAGACAGUACCGAUUGUGAAGCUGAUGGUUCGGGUAAAGAUGAGAAACAAUCCGUAAAACCGCCCUCGCAGUCAGACCAUCACAUCUACACAGCCCUCAGUGAUUUCAAAGGAGAACAGGAGGGAGAUCUGUCUGUUCAGAGGGGGGAGGUAUUGAGGAUUAUCAGGAAGACAGUAGAUGGAUGGUGGCUGGCUCAGGAUGCUAAAGGCAACAGAGGAGUUGUUCCAAAAACCUACCUGAAGAUUGGCUCUGGUGUUGAUGACGAUGAUGGUGAUAAUGAUGAUGAUGAUGAUGAAGAUGAAGAUGAGGACAAUGAUGAUGACAAAGAGGAGGAGUCAGAGGAGGAGGAAGAGCAGAUUGGCAAAGAACCGACUGAUGACCAAGAGAAACAGAGCAGUUCUCCACAUUUCAACUGGAGUACUGUCAGAAAGGCUUUGACUGAGAUUGAUGCAACAGAUGUGCUCUCUGCCAUGGGAGCUAUACCUUCAGGAUUUAGACCAUCAUUUCUCAAUAAACUGCUAAUGGAGGAAGGUAUAACAUACAGGGGAAGUCACUAUAUUCAGCCUGAGCUCAGCCAAUCACAGCUCUCCUUUAGUGACCUCUUCCUGGAUCCAGACACAGGCAGGGUUCGUGCUCGUCAGGUCAGGACUUGUGUUUGUUUCAGUUUGUGGAGCUGCAAGAUGAUUCCUACUCCUGGGGUUGGAGUUCACGUCCUCAGCAGACACAUCCGCCUCUGUGCCUUUAAUGGAACUCAGGUGUUGAGUAACAUCCACACUGUGAGGGCAACGUACAACUCCAAGUCUCCAAAGACCUGGAGCUUCUCUCCAAGGAUGGCAGGUAUCCUACCCGCCCUCCUAGAUGGAGACUGUUUCCUGCGCUGCAACUCUGCAUCUCCCAACCUUGGUAUCCUCUUUGAACUGGGAGUCACCUUUAUACGCAAUUCUACAGGUGAGAGAGGGGACCUUAGCUGCGGCUGGUCUUUCCUCAAACUGACCGAUGACACUGGAAAUCCACUCCCCAACAGGACGUAUGAGCUGCCAGUCAAUGGUGGCACUCCUUAUGAGAAGGAUGUCGCGGUGGAGGCAUCAGUCACCAGAGGAUCUCCAGCUGGUGUUUUCCAGCAGAUGCUUCAGGACAGGCGACAGCCCAGAAUCAUUGUAAAGUUGAAAUCAUCCAACAACCGGACCAGAACGCAGCUCAGGUGGGAGGAUCAUCUCCUUCCAGACACUUUACUACACUGUCUGAGCUGCAUCCACUUGCUGGCUCUACACAGGCAGCUGCUAGCCGACACACUACUGAUGGACAGGCCAACCAUGCAGAAUGCAGAUCUGAUAUGCAGUCCUAUACUUUCUACCUUUCCAAUGCUGUUGGACCAACCAGACUUGAUGGAUGCUCUCAGGAGUGCUUGGCUGAAUGCCGAGACCAACAUGAGUAGAGCACAGAGGAGAGACUUGUCUUAUUUAAAACGGGAGUUUGUCAAAGUCUACAUGUCGUCUGUCUAUUUCCUCCUUCACUCGCCCUCGCUGCCCUGUCAUCACUGGGCGGACCCACCCUUAGAGGAGCAGCGGGCCAGAGUCAUCUACGCCACCCUGGAUGCUCUCAAGCACACCCAGCACACCACCGGCCAAUCAGGAGGCCCAGAGGUCUUUGUUGACCCCAUGUAUCAACAUCUUGCCUUUGAUAUCACAGAGUUGACCUUUGACCUCCUCCGUGUGUCACGGUAACAGUCACAUCAAAUCACUUAGAGGGAAGAUACAAAUAGAAAAAAAUAAUUGAAGUGUAUUCUCAGUUUGCCUUAAAGCUUUAUAUGUGCCAUAAAAACAUUUUUGGACCAUUUUUUAUAUGUGAAAUCUUAAAGGAUAAGGAUGUUACUUUCAAUAAAUCCAUUAAAAAAACAAAAAUCAAAAAUGUAUUUUUCAAUACUUUCUGACUUCCAAACAGGAGUUACCUUAUUAGUAGUUUUGUUAGGGACUAUUUUCAGCUGUGGAUUAAUACACAGUUGGUGCUCUAGUUAAUAGCAGCAGGACCGUGGGUCGACUCAAAACAAACUACAGUGCCCAUGUUCAUUGUGAUGAAGGAACAUGUCACCCAGCGCAGCUGUGCAUUUUUAAUAGCUUUUGGACAACAAUGGAUCAAUUCACUGUUGGUUUUGGUCUUUUGUUUGGAUUUGUUUCCUCUACUCAUUGUAUUGUGACAAGAAAUAAAGUGUUUCGGUUUUGAGAAAUACUAGCACAAUGCUAACACAUACAUAACACACAGUACAUACACAUACAACAUUUUUGUGUACCUUGUUAUUACAUGAGAUGCUGGUUACGGAUUAUGAGCCUAUUAAUUGCCUGAAUAGAAUAGAAAUAAAAGCAAAUAUGGACAAUGUCUACAAUGCUAACCGUAUCACCAAAGAUCCUUCUUUAAAUCAAUCAUAGCGUUCACUCUGCUCCUCUACAAGUAAAUGUGUCAAAUGUACGUCUUUAGUUAAGUACGCUACUGUGUAAUUGUAUCUUUUUGAUUAUAUGUAUUUUGAAAAAACCUUUCCCUCAGACUGAACCCUGUGGCUUAGUAUAUCUUCAGAUGCAGGCUUGUUUAUGAAACCAGAAGUUGUGGAUUGAACGUAGUGCUCUAAUUUUAAGCCAAAAGAUAAAUACACAAAACUGUCUGCACUAGGUGUUGUUAAACAUCUCAUAUGUCAUAUUUUAGGAAAUAGCUUUAACCUGUCUGGAUUAAAGGUGAAGCCAACUGCAUACAAUGGGAUGGUUGAGGCACUUAUUUGUUGGUCUCUGAAACACCUUUUGUGGGACAAGGCUCUGUCUUUUCAGCUGACGCUAUUAACAAUUGGAAUUCGGAUUUAUUAAUUGUGGCCUUUAGAAUUCACACCACAAUAAACAUUAAAACAUGUGACAGUAAAAGGGAAGUACACUGCAAAUUUCUGUAACAAUAGAACCAAUAGUGACAUUAUGUUGAUACUGCUAUUUAUAUACACUGUACAUUGCCAAAUUCUGUUUUAAUUU